GUGAAAACGAGAAUCGGUGUUGGUGAGUGGUGACGGGUGACGGGUGACGGGUGAAGUGAAUCCAAUCCACUUUAUUCGGACGACCCGCGAGUUUUGCGGCAUCCGGCUGUUUGCUGUACCCUGUAACACUUUGUUCGUGCAACUUUGAAAUGAUAUAGUUGAGUUAUGAACGACGACAAAAUGAAUACCAAUAACAUUGAAGCAGAAUAUAUGGAUAUAGCCGUCCGAAAUGCCUGGCCUAUCAUCUACCAGAAAAUUGGACGAGAAUGUCAGUCUUAUACAUACACAUGCCUGGAGGCUAAGAAACCGAAAAACAAGCCUUUAAAUCGGUACAGAGAUGUAAACCCAUAUGACCACAGCCGGGUUAUCUUGAAGCGCAGUGAAGUCGAUUACAUCAAUGCCAAUCUAGUGAAGAUGGACCGCGCAAAUCGGAAAUAUAUUCUUACACAAGGUCCACUCGCUUUUACCGUUGGUCAUUUCUGGCUGAUGGUCUGGGAGCAAAAUAGCCGGGCAAUUUUAAUGCUCAACAAGAUAAUCGAAAAGAACGAAAAGAAAUGCCACUGGUACUGGCCACACGGCAUCGGGGAAGACGAAAAGUUCGUUCUCAGCGACGUGAAACUGACCAUAGAGCAGAUUAGCGAAGAGGAUUGCAGCUACUAUACUACGCGUGUUUUUAGAAUUUUUGACAUGGAGAGUGGUGAAAGUCGAGAGGUGGUGCAGUUCCAUUACACCACCUGGCCCGACUUUGGAGUUCCCUCAUCGCCAGUUGCGUUCCUGGAGUUCCUGAAGAAGGUUCGCUGUUCGGGGGCGUUGAACUCUGACGUGGGCCCUGCAGUGGUGCACUGCAGCGCGGGCAUCGGCCGAUCGGGGACAUUCUGCUUAGUGGACUCGUGUCUUGUUAUUAUUGAAAGAGAAGGUUUAGAGAGUGUAAACAUACAGCAAAUAUUGUUGGAAAUGCGCAAGGAUCGCAUGGGCCUCAUACAGACUCCGGACCAACUACGAUUUUCAUAUCAAGCUAUAAUCGAGGGGGCCAAAAGAUUCCAUCCCGAUUUCAAAGACGAUCCAAAAAUGGAUGAGAGUAUAUACUCUGUGGUCGCGGAGGAGGCCGAAGAAGCCGAAGAGGAAGCACCGCCGCCGCCCCCGCCUCGCGCCGAGAGCCUCACAAGAGCCCCUGCGAGGCCCCUUCCUAAUAUACCGACCAGUGCUUCGCUUGGUAACCUGAACUACAAUUGCACGGCGGAGAGCUCGAGUUCUGAUGAGGGGGACCCUCCCACACCGCCCUCUCGAGAGUGCCCCACUCCGAGCUCGUCUGGUGACGAAGAGUACGACGACCCCGCAUCUGUUAAUGAGAGCGGCGAGAACGUGGACACACUUCGACGGCGCCGCACGCGCGAGCUCGCAGACCGCAUCGCCGUGAUGAAGAAGCGAGGUCGCGACGCCGAGCGGUGGCACGCGCUCAAGAGGUUAAAAUCGGAGGAAACCCCUAAAACUGAACCAUGCGAAGACUGAAGAGCGUAGGUAAUAACUUUUAAAGAAAUUUAAUGUAAAAACGAAAUAAUAAUUUGGACAUAUCUUUUAGAAGUCAAGAUUGUUUUUGGAUAGAUCUUUUUAGUAAGCUUUAUGAUAUAAUCCAAGGUUUAUCAAUCUGCGGAAUUUAUUACGAAAAAUAAACAGUUUUAAAAUGACUGUACACAUGGCAUAGUUAUAAACUUAGAUUUCUAGAUUCCAGGCAGUUUAUUGCCAAUAAUUCUCGCUUAGCAAGUUUAUUGGUUUCCGUCCCAACUAAACGCGAUUUUAAAUUUUAUGACAUGUUCUAUCUUUUAAAUCCUAAGUUUUAGUAAGCCGUUAUCAACAAAACCCCAACUCUUUAAGAACUGCGAAGUAAUGUAAAACAUCAAUAUAGAAAAAUAAGUUAACUCUAGAUUAAUAUAUUAUUUCUCAUCUAAAAUUUAUUUCAUUAUGGUCUAUAAGUAUUAUCUUUGCAUCUGUAUAAAUGCAAAUUUAUCCUCGGAGUAUUGAGAAGCACCUUAAAGAUACGGGGAUCUAACAUUUUAUAUGAAGUGUUUUGUGCAUUUCGUGUCGCGCAACCUAUGUGCAAAAUAUCAUAAAACAGUCAAGUUUAACACUAACUGACUUUUCAGUAUUCGCCCGUAUAAAUUAUAAUAUAUGUAUAAUUAAUAUAGUUAAGACUAUAAAAUACGCAUGUAGAUCUUUAGCCAUUAGAAUGUUUGGAAUAUUUAUUUAGUUUUAUGAAUUGUGUCGAUUAAUGAACCAUUAAGUUUCAAAAGUUCUAUAUUAUUGAUAUAUUACUCUAUAUUAACGUCAGCGCACACCGGAGCAAGGCGGCAGUUAAUAAUGAUAAUCGUAAUAAAGUUAAACACUACACAGUGGCGGAUCGGAUUAUAUGAAGGCGGUGAGAGAAACGUACAAUUUAAUAUAAAAACUGAUACACUUAAAAUCAUAUCCUUCCCCAUGCUCCAGGCUGCGUUGGCUCAUUGUCUAUGCCAUUACGCCCCCUUUUCUAUCUUUCAGCAUAGUAGCCAUAUAAAUGUAUAUAAAUUUAAGGUUCUUCUUUAGAUUAUUUAUUUAGAUAAAAAAAAAUUAUACUAAAUUUUGCAACUUUAUUGGGGAGUGCGUAUCGUUUUUAUUUGGAGCAAAUGAAAUGAUUUGCUUCUUAAACGUCAGUAAUAUUAAUGGUAGGAACACAUUCGACACCCACCAGAUAUUAUGCGACACAAUCCCAUGCCUCGCAUUUAAUUUGUGAAUGACCAGGCGCUGUAUGCAGCCACAGCAUUACGCCAUCUGGAUUUAGUGCUUUGAUUUGCCACUACUAGUGGUGUCGCGUUAACUAAUUACCAUUGUGUUCCUAUCAUAGGUAUUGUAAUUGUUAGGAUAAUGCUAGGACUAAAUUCUUAGCAACGUCACUGUUAAAAUUGUCUACGUUUUGUAUUAUAAUUCUUGCCAAUUAGGUACAUGAACAGAAGUAUACCAUAUUGCAACCGUAUAUAAAUGACAAUAAAUAUCGUACCUUAAUUAAUUACUAUUGUGUUUCCCCAAUAAAGGAGCGCACGUAGCUAUUAGUUAAACCAUCUGUCAUACUUUCAUUACCUAAACUUAUGCUGAUCGUACAUCUAACGGAGUAUCUUAUUUAAAUUAUACGGAAAAUUUUGAUGACGUACACGCCAACGCGUAUUAUAAAAAUUGCGCAUAUAGCUCGCAUAUAUACAAAGCUAUUAUUGAUUAUAUCUAAACAGAUCCAUGAGUAGUCUAAAAUUGAAUUUUCGUUAAUUCUAAUAAGAGCUUCUUCUUGAACCGUUGGAAAAUAAUCAAGCUAUAACUUUGGCUUCAACAAAAUAAAUGCGGCUUAUUAUGCUGACUGUUAAUAUUUACAUAACUACAUAUCAUUAUGUAACUGUGAACGAGAAUCUGUUUGAUGUGCGACAUUAUUAGAUGUAUUUUUGAUAUUUAUAACUUACCACUCGUUCGCGAUUUCACUGUGUGGUACACACACACACAAUUGACGCAGUCAACGUGCAAGUACUAGCAACUGCUUUAAGUAUUUAUCGCAACUGCGAUAUGUAUGGGAUUAUAUGAAAGGACGCGCAUAAGUGGGUUGUUAGAAAUAAUCGUGAUGCGCGCUUAGUCUUACAGUUUUGUUUGAGAUGACGAUUUCUAAUCAAGAAUGAAAGUCAAAUUACAGCUUAUUAUUUUAAUAAUUAUUUUCGCUCAUUAACUCGUACUCAAAACAAAAGUAUUAAAUAUAACUAGGUUUAUGGUUCGUAAAUUUGGAUCAAAACGUAGUUCACUGUGACAUUUUAACAAAAAGACAUACCGGCUAAGUGCUAGUUGGACUUGCACAAGACGGGUUUCGUACCAAGGUGCAAUGUGAAACACUCUAGUUUAUAUAUUUUUAUAGAUCAUUACAUUAUUUGGAUCGAGCCAAAAACACCAAACACUCCCUUCUUUUCAUCUUUUUGAAAUACACAUUCUGUGUAAAUUUCAACUCUCUACCUAUUAAGUUCCAUGAGACUAGGCGACCUACAGACGGACUAAUGGACAAAGAUAGUCAAAUAAGUCUUUGGCACUCUUUGGUUACGAAACCCUAAAAAGCAGCGCAUACGCCAUUUGUUUUUUAAAUUUGUGCUGUUAAUAUUACUAGUAACUUGCGAAACUGUUUUAAUUGUAAUAUAUUUUUAUUUUAAUAUUAAUUUUAUGUUAUUAUAAUUAGAUUACGUUUCAUGCACAAUAAUAAAAUUAAUAAUAAUUGGAAAUUUUAUUUUGCAUUUAAGGUAUGCUAGGAGCUUACUACCAACCAUCGCAUAAAGCAGUAUUUCUUAAAUAUUGCUAACGUUUGUUUCAUUUGGACAUCAAGUUAUGACUUACAAAACUUUUAUUUAAAACUUAUAUAUUAAGAUAAGCGAUGGUAGUAGGCACCUAGUAAAUAAACAUUGAAGUAGAUAUACCGACAGAUGGAAUAACUACAUUGUUUACAUUUAGUUACUAUCUACUUAUGAAAAAUAAAUUGUAAUC